AUGAGGCAGGCGAGCCGCCAUGUUGAAAAGUUGAACAUGGGGAAAAGAAAGGAAAUAAGCGAAGACGAUACAAGAGGUUAGUUUACAUAAAAACGUCGCUUUUUUCUUUCUUUAAACCGCGUGAUAUAAAGAUCAACUACCUGAUUUUUGUUACACGUGGUAGUUAACUUAUUUAACGCGGUGUGCUCCUACUUUUAAGUGAGGUUUUUUGGAUAUGAUUAAGGCUUGAAUAUUAGCUCAAUACCGAUACUUCAUAGCAUUCUAACUCCAUACCUGGAUUUUGUUUCAAGAAAGGACUGUAAACACCUUCUUGUUUUAAAACAUAUUCACCGAGGACUACCGAUCUCGUCGAUUUCUUUACAAUGGUAUCAUGUGUUCCAAAAAGAAGAUGUUGGUUGUCACACAAUCUGAACAAUGUUAUAGAUCGUUUUCACUGUCACGCAGCAAAAAAAUAAAUUGGAAACCGUCCAGUGGAAGAAGGCAAGAAAAUGAAUGUUAUAAAAGACUAAUAUAAAAACGAUUUGUCCAAGUCUCAGGUCUUUGUGACCCACGGUUUCUGAGUUAUUUGCCGAAACGUUUCGCGCACCUUUGUAGAAGCUUUGUAUGGAGACGCCAUAUUAGUGUACCAUUUUGGUCCACCAAUAUGGCCGCUGGAAAUCAACAAAACAUCUAGAGUUCACUUUUUCUAUAAAAGCUCUUUCUUGUGACUCGAGAACUAGCAUAUGUGCGCAUAAACAUAUCUUCUAUUACUUGAAAUGGUUAUAUUGCUGAAAAUCAAGAGGAGAGACCUUUUUUCAAUGAGACAGCAUUCCUAUUUUGGUGUCACGCACUGUGAAAAGUGGGAAGUUCAAACUGCUGUAUUUUUGAAAGGAAACAUGCUACGGUAAAGGAAACUCGUAGAAAGAUUUAUUUUUUGUUUAUCUUCAACCUAGAGUUAAUAAGAAUUCGUAAAACCGUGCUAUUUUGACUUUACAAUUUGAUGAUGUCACUGUGAAAACCAUCUAUUCCGGUGCAAGUUUGGAUUAAAAAAAAUUUAUUAUUUUGUUUUUAAAACUACCAAGCUGAACUUGCACUUGUGUUCUACAUAGGUAACUUCUUAUUUUGCAUUCGAUAUGAUAUAUAGCUCACAAGGUGCCCUACUGUACAUGUCAUAGGCUUCCCCUAGAGGAAGGACCUGAGGCCAAUCAGAGGGAUAGUGAUAAUGGGCAGAGCAGAGUUGAAAAUUUCUCCCAAUAGGAAUUUAAGAGGACAAAGUCCCCUGGUUCAAGUGCGUCUCAAUAAAAAAUUAUCCCCCUGAUUUCUUCCUUAUAUAACUGGAUUCGUUUGAUUGAGGGGACUUUUUAUCAUAGUCUGUGUAGCUGGUGCAAUGUGUCGCAUACAACUGUAAAUGAAGAUGAAAAAAUUUUUUGAUAUUCCCCCACCCCUUACAAGAAGACAUUUUCUAGCUGUGGCAUUUAAGAAAUGGACAGUGUUUGGGUUUGACACACACUGUUCUGUAAAUUAUGAAAUAUUAUACAGGGCUGUCACUAAGAUUUCAAGUUGUUAGCUGUAUAUGUUUUACAGGUCAAAUUUGAUUUCAGGUUAAUUUUCAUUUAACCUAGGUUGAUUCUCAAUUUCUAAUGUCUCCUAGCCCUAGAAGACAAAGGAAAUUACGAAUCAACAUACGUUAAAAAAAUUUAAGCUGAAAUCAAAUUUGAUUAAUACCCAUGUGUCAAUAUUGUUGCUCCUCCAUUGGCGAAUCAGCAAAAAUUGUUGACAUAGUGGAGCAGCCAAAGACAUAUCUUGUCUUCCUUGGGAUUCAUCACUUAACCAUUCAUGACCUCGAUGAAAUUAUUUCCAUGAAAAUAUAAACAAGCAAUUACUAAAAAUUCAGGCCUCAUUUAUCAGCUGCUUGCUAUCCAGAAAUUUACUUGAAGGGCUUUCCUCUUUUGUAAAUCACAAAUGCAUGGAAAUAACACAUUUUUCUUGUAAAAAGGCUUACCCAGCCUAAUUCCCAGGUGUCAUUUAUAUUUUCUUUACUUUAUUUAUUUUUAAACUGUAUUCCCCAUAUUUUCUUCCCACUCUGACGCCAGCACUUACUUUCAAAUUGAAACUACUAUUACCAAAAAGUAUUACAACAGGCCUUUUUAUGUUUAUGAAUUUUGAUAGAAUCAUCGUCAACUUCACCUAAAAAGAAACAUAAGCGCAAGCACAAAAAGCACAAGAAGAAGAAGGAUCAUGGCCCUGAGGGAUAUGAUGAAGAGCGCAAAAAGGAGAAGAGCAAGGAUAAAAACAAAUCUCGGGAAAAAGAAAAGGAUGUUGAUAAAAGUGGUGGAAGAGCUGUAAAACUUAAAAUCAAGCUUAGGGGUGAAACUGUGGCAACAACACAGUGAGUUACCUUUUUUUUUCUGUGUGUGUGUUUUUUUUAAAAUUUGUUUUUCAUAUUUAAUUCCUUACUUAUCACACUGUUAUAAGCUAAAGAUAGUAGCAGCUAUGACUCUGUAUUAUAUUUUCAAGGAUUAAUAAUGUCAGCAAAGAAUAGUAACUUCAGGAUUAAUAAUGUCAGCAAAGUAAAGAAGAAGAGAUGAAGUAUAUCUUCUCGUUGUUUCCAAUUGAUGGAAAUCGAUGAUCGGAAAACCAAUCAAUCAAUUAAUAUCAAUCGAUAAAAUGAGUUAAUUGGUAUCGACUGGUAUUGGUUAGUAUCGGUCAAUCGAUGAUUAAUCAAUAACCACACAAAAACAGUUCAUCAAUUGAUACAAUUCCGACCCAGUCUUCUCAAUGCAAAGAAUAUACCCCAUUACUCGUGUACUUGAAUUACCCACUUGCCUCGGCAUUUCCAAUCAGUGGAAAUAGAUGACCGGAAAACCAAUCCAUACCAAUCGAUAACCACACAAAUCUUCGCAAUCGAUUGGUCAUCCAUUAUCAGUAUAAAUUGAUUGAUUGAUAUCGAUUGGUAUUGAUUGAUAUAGAUUGUCAUCAAUUGGAAACACCAGGAUAUCUUACAUCACUUUUAACAAAGUCAUAUUUGAUGAUAAAAGAAGUUGGUGUUGCAAGCACUAUAUGUGAUGCUCAUCAAUGACCUAUCCCAGUUGAGUAAAAACAUUUAUUUUGUUAAGUUUUUGCCUCAAGUUGUGUUUGGAGUGUGUUGUAUGUUUUAAAGCAACAAGGCAAAUAAGACAUUAUACUUAGAUUUACUUUGGUUAAAGUUGUACUCUUACAAGUCAGUUAGGUUAUACUCCAUCUUGCUACAUUGUACGCAGUAAGUUACGGGUAGUGGUGAUGUAAGGGAAGUUAUUUUUGUUUUCAGAAUGGCAAAGAUAGUCCAUGUAAAAAUACCAGAACCAGUGAUAACCAGUGGAGAGGAAGAAGAGCCUGAGGAGGAAAAUUACCAGCCAUCUUGGCAAGGUAAGUUCAGAUUUACCAGCUGAUCACAAGGUUUUUUUUAUCACUGAUUGUUAGCAAAGUGGUUGCUGGCAUUUCUCUUGAAAACAGACCUCUUCAGAGGUGGAUCUAGGAUUGUAUGAAGUGCAUUAGAACCAAAAUUGCUGUGACACAAUAAUCAAGAGAGAUUAUUGAAGCAUUAAUUUGAUAACCAUUUCUUGUUAAUUAUUUCCUUAGGAAGUGAAAAAGAUGAACCUGAAGUUACGGAAAAACCUGUUGAUGAUUCUGAUGAGUAAGUUAUAUUUUUUGAAAUAAUAUUAACAAGAGAGAUCAGUCAUGUCCAGUUGACAUGAUAUGAGUGGAAAAAUGUGUUUUACAACUCGUGUGGGUAGACAAGUUGUGUCCACUCAACUGAGUUGUCGGAAAGUGGAAAGUGCAUCUCAUUACUUCACUGAUACAACCUGGCGACCAUUGCAGUGACUCUUGCUUAAGCUAACUUGCUCUAAAUUUCAUGUCUUCUUAAUGAAAUGCAGUUGUCCAGUUGUAUGACUCGUAUAACCUGACGACCAUUGCCAUGACCCUUGCAUAAGCUACCUUUCUCUAAAUUUCAUGUCUCCUUAAUGAGACGGAUUUAUCCACAUGACAACUCCAUCUGUCGAGUGGACACAACUUGUCCCCUCAUAUGAGUUGUAAAACAUUAUUUCUCCUCUGGUAUCACAGGGCUCAAAACUAAAANGUUGAGUAAAAACAUUUAUUUUGUUAAGUUUUUGCCUCAAGUUGUGUUUGGAGUGUGUUGUAUGUUUUAAAGCAACAAGGCAAAUAAGACAUUAUACUUAGAUUUACUUUGGUUAAAGUUGUACUCUUACAAGUCAGUUAGGUUAUACUCCAUCUUGCUACAUUGUACGCAGUAAGUUACGGGUAGUGGUGAUGUAAGGGAAGUUAUUUUUGUUUUCAGAAUGGCAAAGAUAGUCCAUGUAAAAAUACCAGAACCAGUGAUAACCAGUGGAGAGGAAGAAGAGCCUGAGGAGGAAAAUUACCAGCCAUCUUGGCAAGGUAAGUUCAGAUUUACCAGCUGAUCACAAGGUUUUUUUUAUCACUGAUUGUUAGCAAAGUGGUUGCUGGCAUUUCUCUUGAAAACAGACCUCUUCAGAGGUGGAUCUAGGAUUGUAUGAAGUGCAUUAGAACCAAAAUUGCUGUGACACAAUAAUCAAGAGAGAUUAUUGAAGCAUUAAUUUGAUAACCAUUUCUUGUUAAUUAUUUCCUUAGGAAGUGAAAAAGAUGAACCUGAAGUUACGGAAAAACCUGUUGAUGAUUCUGAUGAGUAAGUUAUAUUUUUUGAAAUAAUAUUAACAAGAGAGAUCAGUCAUGUCCAGUUGACAUGAUAUGAGUGGAAAAAUGUGUUUUACAACUCGUGUGGGUAGACAAGUUGUGUCCACUCAACUGAGUUGUCGGAAAGUGGAAAGUGCAUCUCAUUACUUCACUGAUACAACCUGGCGACCAUUGCAGUGACUCUUGCUUAAGCUAACUUGCUCUAAAUUUCAUGUCUUCUUAAUGAGAUGCAGUUGUCCAGUUGUAUGACUCGUAUAACCUGACGACCAUUGCCAUGACCCUUGCAUAAGCUACCUUUCUCUAAAUUUCAUGUCUCCUUAAUGAGACGGAUUUGUCCACAUGACAACUCCAUCUGUCGAGUGGACACAACUUGUCCCCUCAUAUGAGUUGUAAAACAUUAUUUCUCCCCUGGUAUCACAGGGCUCAAAACUAAAAAAAUCCUCAGGUCACCUCUUGAUGACCAAAUGGAGAAAUAUACUCGCCAGAUAUAAAUUUUAGUCGCCAGUAUGUAUUGUAUUGUAUUUUUACUCCAUCCUAUAGAUAAUACAUUAGUUGUACAAUAUCAAUUAAUACAAAGUUGCUUACACUACGUGUACAUAAUAAUAAUAAUAAAAGAAGAAAAUUAGAAUGGAGAAGGGCACAUUAUAGUAAAACUAAAUGACAUAGCUUAUAGUAUGGCAGGAUUCAUCAGAUUUGAUUGAUUGAAAAUAUUGCAGACAGAAGUCAGCAUAUGCUUUACUCUUUUAAUUUAAAAUAGUCUAAAUCAUAGAGAAAUCAGGUUGCCAAAACCAGAUUUUUUAGUCGCCAUGGAGAAAAAUAAUGUUAGUCUCAUUGGCGACCAUAUCAGUCACAAUUUUGAGCCCUGUAUCUUGUCCACAGUAUUGGACAACCUCCACAAAUGUGGGACUGGUUGAAGAUGUGUCUGGAAAAAAAGUCCCAGUGACAUCUGACAAAUAUUGCUCAAUUCUCCUUUCCAAUUACCUUUUGUUCGCUCGUGAAUAAAAAAGGUGGAAGUGAGUGUUUUUUUUGUGGCACCCCUUUGAGUUUAAAGUUGAGCAAAAUAAUUGUUGCUGAUUUUGGUGAUAAUAAUAAUUAUUAAUUUUGCAGCCAGGAAGAGCAGAAAUGGUUAGAUGCAUUGGAAAAAGGUGAACUAGAUGACUUUGGUCGAGUAAAACAGGACAAGGAUGUGAGCAUGAUGACUGCCAGACAGGUAUUAUUUUUUAAAAUUCUUAACCAUUCUUUUUUUUCUAAUAUAUAUUUUUUUAUUAAAUAACCAUAAAACCUGGUGGAGAUAAAGAAGCACCUUUUUGCCCUGCAAGUCCUAUGCACUGCAAUACAUUUGUGGAAAAUAUUGUUAUUCUCUCCUAAGAUGUAUGCAAAUUCCUCAUGCAAAGCUUUUUGAAACAUUUGUUUUAUUAAAAUGGUUCCAUUCAUUAUCUUUUGAACACUUCAUCUUUAUGACGUUAAUACUGGACUGACUAACAUGACUGUAUGUUAGUGUUAUUCACUUGGUAUGAUUUUGUUUACAAGUAAGCUUUUUGUUUAUGAUAAUGGUUGUAUUUUCAGAGAGCCAUGCUUGGGCAUGAAAUCGAGGGAGAGAAUCAACUCUUGGAAUUGCCAACAGGUAAUUAUAUAUAAUAACUAUUAUUUUCUUUUUGUUAGUUUUUUUUACAGUUGCUAAUGAUAAUAAUAAUAAUAAUAAUAAUAAUAUUAUUAUUAUUAUUAUUAUUAUUAUCAUUAUUAUUAAAGUGUGUUUCUCCAUUGUAUGGUCUGUGAUACUAUGCUUGAGAGGCUCAAGAUCCAGAAGACGACAGCUAGACUUUGUUGACUCAGAUUUACAGAUCGAAAACAUUAGAGCCUGCCUGAAUUAAUCUAUUUUUUUUUUUAGGAAUAUGAAGUUUUAAUCUUUUUAACUUGUUUCUUUUUAAUAUCAGAGACGGAUAAUUUUCUUUUGUCAUGACGUAAUUUUAAACACUGGACUGCCUGCAAGAGCCAUUGAUCGCAUGUGAGCCUUAAGGAAUCGUUAAUGACACAGUGAUUGUUUUUUAAUGAUUUGUAUGAUUCUUAAUGUUGUACAGUGCUUAAUUCUUACUUCAAACAUUUCUGUAAGUUAUGUACAUAUUUUUAAUUUUUAUUGUUAUUAUUAAAAAAAUAUAUUAUGUAGUAUAGGUCACCUUGUUUACAGUGUGUAAUUGUGCCUUCUGCUAUAUGAUUCACAGAACCAAGAAGGAAGAAUGAAGACACAGAAGAGGCCCAAAAGAGGAGAAAGCAAAGAGCAAAGAAGAGAAAACAACAAAUGCAGAAAAAGAUUGAGGAAAACAAGGUAUAUUUUUUAACAUUCAAGUAUCUAUAACAUCUUUUAAGCAUUCACUGAAGUUACUGUUCAUUUUAAUGUUUGCAUUACAAUUUAAAGUUUUUUUAAAAUAAUACAAAAUUAAAAUAAACAAGAAAUUGUCUGGUUUCUUUGCAGGCGCAAACAGUCAAGAAACUGCUGGAUCGAGAAGCUUCUAGGUCCCGUAGAGAAGAGGAGAAGGUAAUACCAACCUGUAAUAAGCAGGGAUAAAUGUAGCUAAGGAAAGGCUAAGCAGGCUUAGGCUUAUUUGGUAGUCAAGCCAGCUUUUUUACUCAACUGUACCUUCAAAAUUGCCUCACAUCUUUCGUUUCCAGAGAGAUUUGGGCCGGUGAUAAGCUUACUUUCAGCCAGGUAAGUUCACUGGUACUCGUCUGUCAGCUACAUCCCUUAAAAAGGCAGGUUUUGUCCUUGACCAGGAUAGAGCAAGGAAACAACUCCCAAUAACUCGAACCUUCAAGGGCAAUCGAAAAAGGUUGGAGUUAUCGGGAGCUCGAAGAAAAUAGCCGUUAGUAAGGAAAAGAACAGUUUUUACUGCACAGUGAACAUUUUAAUCACAUUUAAUUGUAGAAAUUUCAAGUGAAAAUUAAAAGAUACUUCUAGAUUGAAUCAGAACGUAACGUAACAAAACAUAAUCUAAACAGUUUUACUGUUUUGAGAGGUAAAGCUGUUUCGCAUUAGAUUUGCGACAAACAACAUCAGCUUUUACUAGUAAACUAUACUCCUACAACACGUCAAUGGGAAACUCAAAAUUCCAAGUUUCAACGCCAGUAUUCUGUAUUUUCCCCGACGUUUUAAGGGCUGAAAACAUGGUUCGAGUUAUCGAGGGUAAAAUUGUAUAGAAAUGAUCUGAGGGGAAACAAAAACUACUUGGAGUUAGCGGGAGGUUUGAGUCAUCGAGGGUUCGAGUUACUAAGGGUAAAAUUACCGUAAAUGUAUAACAGAAAUCCAGGGGAAAUCGAUUUUGGUUCGAGUUAGCGCGAGGUUCAAGUUAGCGAGGAGUCAACUGUAACACCAGACAAGCAAGCAGUCUCAAAACCAACCAUGGCGGAGGGAUGGGGUUUGAAUGCAAACUUGAAUUCUAGCUUGUUUUUUGUACUAGACUCUCGUAAUCUGCUUGCCGAGGGCCAUUGCUUGCUUGUGGCACACUGUAGUUAAUAGAGAGGAGAAGUUGUUACGUCAUGUUGCCAUGGUUGCAAAAUUUCUGGAUGACAACAAACCGAAAACAUUACCUAAAAAGUGAAUUCGCACUGUUUCAAAAAGUCAUGGAUCUUAUUCAAUUUCAUUUAAUUUGUGCAGAUGUUUGCAAAAUUUUCUGGGGUUGAUCUCAAAGGACCAUAUCAAAGUUUAGAAAAAGGAAGAGGAAGUUUUUAUGUUGUGUUCACCUACUCCAUGAAGUGAGUGCGUGAAAUUAGGAAUCGUGCAACGGCGGCUAGGAAAUGUACAAAAAAGCAUGAUGCACAUAAAAAGUUUUUGUUUUGCUAAUAUAAACCUAUUGCUUUUUGGCCGUCCUCGUUGCUGUCACUGUCAAAGUUGCUAAUGCUUCAUAUUGUUGUGAUCCUAAAAUUUUGCUACCAUGGUAGCGUGAUGCCACACUUCUCCUCUCUAUUACUUAAAGUAUUACAUGAUGACUUGCCUGGAACCUUUCCCAUUAGGAAAGUGAACUUAAGAAGCUACUUGUCCUUCAAGAAAAAAAAAUUGAGCUGUCACAGGGGUAUGGGUUUGCAGUGAAUAGAUUGUCACCUAAGUGUUUUUCUUUAGGCCCGUCGUAAAAAGCAAGAAGUACCCCAUAUAAGAUACAUCAGCAGUCGAAGUGGAUUCGCUCUGUCCUUCUCACAGGGACUUGAUUUCCCAUUACAAAUGCAGUCAUCUCGAGGGUAAGCUUAUGAUUUCUUUUAUAAAUAAAAUAAAUAAUGAUUUAGAGGUAGCACAUCCACAUAGUGGUUCUUCAUCUGCCUGAUUCCUGGUCAAAUUGGAAUUUGGUUCACCAAACAUUGGUUUUUGAGGAGAGGGGAAAACCAGAGGACCCAGAGAAAAACCUCUUGUAGCAAACGAGAGAACCAACAAGAAACUCAACCCACAUAUGGCAUCGAUGCUGGGAUUUGAACCCGGGCCACAUUGGUAGGAGGUGAGGGCUCUCACCACUGUGCCAUCCCUUGCUCCCCUCUUUUGAAGAGCAGAUAGCCCAGGAUGCACUAAAAUUGACCCUAUUGUUUUAAAUCUUUAACUGGAUUCAUAGUAUUGAAAAAAUUAAUUUAAAUUAAUUAAAUUAAUUUCACUUCAGUAGUUAUUUUCCUGAAAUCUACUUAAAGUUUAUGUUACACUAAGGUAAAAUCACAGUGAACUUGGACCUUUUCUGUCACUGUUAGUGUUUUAAUUAAGACAGGUUUCAGUUUCCUAUCUUGACCGUUGUACUGGCAUGCGUGAGUUUGCACGCAUUGCCAUCUAUUUUUUUUCACCCGGUUACCAAAAAGAAUGCUUAGUAUGACUGUUUUUCUAUGCACAUUAGAGAAUAAGAUAGGGGAACAAAAACAAGGCAUACAUGUAGGAGUCUAGAAGAGAGGAUAUUUGUUGCUGGUCACCCAUCCAGUUCCUAACUCCACCCAACAGGGUUUGACUUAAGUGACCCUAAUCCUUCCAAGAUUUGCAAGAUGUUUCUAGUAUAUUGCUCAAUAGUAGUAUAUUCUUUCUGGGUGCUUUACUAUGCUUCACAAGCUCCAAUGCUAUUUGAAUAUUUUUUCUGUAAUUAUAGGCCAGUAAAAACAAGACCAACAUGUGCAGCUCAGGGAUGCAAGAAUUUAAAGAAAUAUGCUUGUUCUGGUAACAAUCUCCCAGUCUGCAGUAUGGAAUGUUACAACAAGGUUCGGUUUAUUCCUGUGCAGACAGCUGUUGUGUAAAGAGAAUCAAAUUUUGGUGGCUAAAUGUCGGUUAAAUGCAUGAACAUGCAGAACUCUUGCAACAAGUGUGACAACUUUAUCACAAAAAAAAGAAAAAAUAUUACGAAAAAGCUUUUCCCCACCAAAUAAACAAUCGCAGAAACAAGACAAUACAUAACUCCAAGGUUAAUAUUGGUGGUUAAUAGAUCAAUAUGGAGAGAUUACAAUAAUAUUAGUUUUCAAGUUUGGAACCUCAUUCACUUCUAAAUGCUAGGAAUAGGUUACGUGAAUAAAUUGGUUAUAAUAAGCACGACACAUAUUUGUUGUUCUGUUUUUUUUUUUUUUUUUUUUUUUUUUUUAGGGAUGGGGUUUGAAUGCAAACUUGAAUUCUAGCUUGUUUUUUGUACUAGACUCUCGUAAUCUGCUUGCCGAGGGCCAUUGCUUGCUUGUGGCACACUGUAGUUAAUAGAGAGGAGAAGUUGUUACGUCACGUUGCCAUGGUUGCAAAAUUUCUGGAUGACAACAAACCGAAAACAUCACCUAAAAAGUGAAUUCGCACUGUUUCAAAAAGUCAUGGAUCUUAUUCAAUCUCAUUUAAUUUGAGCAGAUGUUUGCAAAAUUUUCUCGGGUUGAAUCUGAAAGGACCAUAUCAAAGUUUAGAAAAAGGAAGAGGAAGUUUUUAUGUUGUGUUGACCUGCUCCAUGAAGCAGGCGCAUGAAAUUAGGAAUCGUGCAAGGAUGGCUAAGAAAUGUACAAAAAAGCAUGAUGCACAUGAAAAGUUUUUAGAAACCCUUUGCUUUUUUGCCGUUCUCGUUGCUGUCGCUGUCAAAGUUGCUUAAGCUCCGUAUUGUUGUGAUCCAGAAAUUUUGCUACCAUGGUAGCGUGAUGCCACACUUCUCCUCUCUAUUACUCUAAGUAUUACAUGAUGACUUGCCUGGAACCUUUCCCAUUGGAAAGAACUUAAGAAGCUACUUGUCCUUCAAGAAAAAAAAAUUUUGAGCGGUCACAGGGGUUUGGGUUUGCAGUAAACAGAUUGUCACCUAAGUGUUUUUCUUUAGGCCCGUCGUAAAAAGCAAGAAGUACCCCAUAUAAGAUACAUUAGCAAUCAAAGUGGAUUCGCUCUGUCCUUCUCACAGGGACUUGAUUUCCCAUUACAAAUGCAGUCAUCUCGAGGGUAAGCGUUAUGAUUUCUUUUAUGAAUAACAUAAAUAAUGAUCAAGAGGUAGCACGUCCACAUAGUGGUUCUUCGUCUUCCUGAUUCCUGGGCAAAUUGGAAUAAAAUAUUUGGUUCACCAAACAUUGGUUUUUGAGGAGAGGGGAAAACUAGAGUACCCAGGGAAAAACCUCUUGGAGCAAAGGAGAGAACCAAGAAGAAACUCAACCCACAUAUGGCAUCGAUGAUGGGAUUUGAACCUGGGCCACAUUGGUGGCCACUCCGCCAUCCCUUGCUCCCCUCUCUUAAAGAAAAGAUUCCCCAGGAUGCACUAAAAUUGACCUUAUUUUUUUGAAUCUUCAACUGGAUUCAUAGUAUUGAAAAAAUUAAUUAAAAUUAAUUAAAUUAAUUUCACUUCAGUAGUUAUUUUCCUGAAAUCUACUUAAGGUUGAUGUUACACUAAGGUAAAAUCACAGUGAACUUGGACCUUUUCUGCCACUGCCAGUGUUUUAAUAUUGAGACUGCUUUCAUUUUCCUAUCUUGACCAUUGUACUGGCAUGCAUGAGUCUGCAGGCUUUGCCAUCUAUUUUUUUUCAUCCGGUUACCAAAACAAAUGCUAAGUAUGACUGUUUUUCUAUGCAAAUUAAAGAAUAAGAUAAGGGAACAAAAACAAGGCAUACAUGGUGCUUUAAAAUACUUCACAAGCUCCACUGCCAUUUGAAUAUUUUUUCCAUUAUUAUAGGCCAGUAAAAACAAGACCAACAUGUGCAGCUCAGGGAUGCAAGAAUUUAAAGAAAUAUGCUUGUUCUGGUAACAAUCUCCCAGUCUGCAGUAUCGAAUGUUACAACAAGGUUCGGUUUAUUCCUGUGCAGACGGCUGUUGUGUAA